AUGACUACUUUGAAGCGUUUAAAACAAACUGAACCCCAAAAGUACUACUUAAAAUAUAUUUGCACUGUGAUCUACUGUUUAGGAGGCGGUAAUUGUUGGUACACCGACAAGAAAGCUUCCAAACCUGUCAAAAUUGUCUACACUGUUUGGGCCGUCACCGUUAACGUAUACGCCUUGAUAGUUUUCCUUGACGAGAUAGCCGCAGUGUUACGACCCUUAACUCCGAAGGAAAGGAACGAUCACACCCAAUUCAUGAUAGCCCAUCUUACGGUUAGCGCAAAAUUCGUGGUGCUUUACCUUCAAAGGAAUAGAAUCAAGGCAUUUUUAGAAAGGUUUCUGGAGGACGACAGGGAGUACGUGUCUUUUGAGCUGGAGAAGGCUUCGGGGAAGAGGGCACUGAUGUACUGCAUUCCCAUACAGAUAACCUUGUUUAUCACACUGAGUUCGACAAUGGUGGAUGGCAUAAGAACGCAUUUCAAAGAAGGCAUUCCAAUUCGUGCCGAAGUAGUAUACUUCCCGAGUCCUUCACAAACCGGUGUGGUUUGCAAUAUCUUCCGAUUCUUCAUUGAGGUGCACUGGUACUACGUGGUGGCUUUGAUGACGUCAAUCGACUGUCUCUCUGUCUCCUGUAUGGUGUUCCUCUCGUCGAAGUUCAAACUCCUCUCUACGUACUUCGAAGGUCUGAAGAAGAAGCAUCAAGCCAAUGUCGGGAACAAGAGUCAGCAAGAGUUAGUGGACGAGUUUAGACAGGAUUUUGUUAUGGGGAUUAAGUUGCACCAACAUGCUUUGUGGUACGCCAAGCAUGUUCAAUACGCUUUGGGCAACUUAUACAGCAUCCAAGUAGUACAGAGCAUGUUCCUACUUAUCAUAUGCCUUAUAAAACUGGUCGCGAAUGAAUACAAUUUAACAUUCUGGGUGGCCAACUUUACGUACAUGUCAUGCCUGGUGGCGUUGCUUGGAGGGUACAUGAUGGCAGGUGGUGACAUAACUUACGAGGCAUCGCGGGUACCAACAGCAAUAUUCAACUGUGGCUGGGAGCUGAUGCAGGGCGACAAGGAGCUGCGGACGCUGGCAGUGGUGGAGCUCAUCCGCAGCCAGCGCAGUGUCGUCAUGACGGCAUUCGGAAUUCUGGAGCUUUCCUACAGUAAUCUUAUUAUGGUCAGUUUUUUUCUUUUUUUUUACUCGUGCGAGUUGACAUUACACCUUGCGUGGACAUCAUACUAA